GAGAGAGAGAGCCGUCAGCCCCCUCCAGCAAGCGAACAGUUGCUAAUUUGUCUUACAGUCAAGAGCGGGCAGGUCGGCACGGCAUUAGGUCUGAGCUUGUCGAAUCAGACCAGAGACGCUUGCCAAGACCUUUUGGCUUUUGUCGUCAGUAGAGCCCUCCCAGACUCCCUUCACAACCGCCUACAACAGGCAGAAGGGUUGGAACCCAAGUGACAAUACCACCACCGACUGCCGGAGACACUACUUGGGGUGAUGGCUGUUCACCGGCAGUCCGUUGUUUUCUUUGUCUGAAGUGUCUGCUGGUCAGUUCCCCUUUGCAUACCUGUGGAAAGUCGUCAGUUAAAUUUGAGAGAAAGAAAAAAAAAAGACUAAAAGUAACCUCUGAUCGAAGAAGGAAGAUUCUUUUCUUCACGUCCAUGAAGAAUUCGGAGGGUGAGUGUCCAGUGCCAGCUAAUCACGUGACACUUUCUUUAUGGAACUCGGCAAGUGAGGCGCAUCGUUGAGCUCGUUUACAUCGUCAGCGCGUUCUGUCGUCGUGGUCGUCGUCAACUGCGCUGCUUCCCGCGGCAAGGAGGCAGGCAAAGCAAGUGAACGCGGCAGUUUGCUAGGUUAUUCACACCACCUCCAGCAUUGUUUCACUGUCUUCUGCUGCAAUGUCCAGCGGGAUGGUCGCUAGCUACAUGCUAGCACCUCGAAAGAGCAAUUACCAUGAUAAUUGCAUUCCGAGACAAAAUACUGCAGCCCAGUUGGCAGCGGAGACUUCAAAGCCUCACAAUGAAGGAGAAUACAGGGCCUGUGAUCUUGUUACACAAGAUAAGAUCUGGAAACAGAGUGUAGCAUCUGAGCGGCGCUGUCUGGAAAACUGGAGUGAGAACUGGGCAUUUUUGACUGAGUAUGACUCUAAGGGAAACGUGGUAGAGAAGGAAGAGCUACCAGAAAAAAUCUCCAUCUUUUCUGAAAAUGUACCAAAUACAAAUUCGGGCAAUUAUGGCUGCCGUCAUAACACCGAACCUGCCAAGAUGAUGCAGAACAUGGAGUUCAAGUUUUACAGCGAUAGGCGUAGGCGCAAGAUGGGCUCUGAUAUGGUCUGUUAUUGACCUUUCCUCUCGCUAGGUAUUUCAACAUUCCUAGCACAAAUGUGCAAUGGAAGCCUCUUUCUCUAACUAUGAUAUGCUGUCUUUUAUCUCAAACCAAAUGUGAUGUCUGGGGUUGUUAAAUGCACAAUAUAUGUACAAUAUUGACUCAUUGUUAGCUGUUGUUAACCAUUUUAAAUUAUAGCUGGGGAUAUUUCAGCUGCAAAAGGGUUAUUUUCUUAAGCAGUUUGAGCAGUAGGAAAGCACAGCACAAGAUAAUAACUAAUGCAGAUAAAAGAUAAAAAUAAGACUGAACAAAUUUGUUUGAAAGUUGUAUUUUAGUACAACAUCUAUGGGAGGAUAAAAAGUCAGAGGCAUAUUUCAGCGGAAAAGAGAGAUUUUCUUAUUCUUUGUAAAGUACAAAAAUUUACUAAAAGCUAGGUUUCUGUUUUAUAUUUGGUCCUUAUUUUGUUUGGAGAUAGUCACCCUUGCAGGUUUUUCAGUCCAGAUUUCAGGUAGCUGGUAUGUUGCUGAUGAUAGGGGGAUGUUGCAAUCCAUUACUGUUUAUUUACUCAAAUAAUGUGUCUGGAAAGAGCAAAAUUUUAGCAUCAUUCUGAUGGAAAGUUUUAAUCCUUUGGACUUACUUAUCUUCCAUAUAAAAUCACAUUAAUAUACGAUUAACCAUAUUCUCCUUCGAUUGUUCUCUUUAAGGUAAAUUUAAUGGCAAACUGAUUUUAAGUUAAAGAAAGGCCUGUCGAAAAUGUGACUCAAGUAUGCAAUCAAUGAAAAAGACAGCUUUUAUUAUUAGUUUUAGUUAGUUUAUGCCUUGUUACUCCUCGAGGAGCAUAGGGCCAAACUUUUAUUAUUAUUAUUAUUACGAAUUUUUUUCACCUGUUUAUGAAAAUUGUCAUCUGUGAUGCAAAUGGAAUCAAACAUUUCUGUUUGCUUGCACUACAUUGACAAACUGUGGGUGUAUAGGGUAAUUUCUUAAUGAUUUGUGGUUUCUUGUGUUGAGGUACCAGAAUAAUGUUGUAGUUGUAUUUAAUCGUUGAUCACUUGCUUGGUUUGAUACAAACUAGAGCAAAGGAAUUACAGUUCAGCCUAUUUGUGUCUAAACAGAUACACAGCACAUAUAUACUGUAUUAAAAAUCAUUUAUUUAUUAAAAUAUUCACCACAAGAAAUGCACAACCAAUAAAUAAAAAGUCCUACAAAUCUCCUGUACAUGGGGUAGUUCGAUUUAUUAAUGUUAUUUGCUAUUUUGUCGCAGUUGAACAUGACAUGUUUUUGUCAGGAUUUCUACAGUGUUUGCCUUGCUGCACAAGUUACAUAAUUGUCACAAUAUUUACACUGAUAUUUGAUGAGUACGAAGGUAUUUACAAUGAAUGUACUUAAUUUUUGCCUUUUGUAACAUAGACAAGUUAUUGAAAUGUUAAACUUUACACAGAAAAUUGAAGACAUUUUGUUUUGGUGUUUUCUUAUUUUGGUGGUAAACUCUUUGAUCAAGAAA